CGCGUCACAGCUGUAGGGUAGGGGAUAAAUCUCGGCGAUCGGAGAGUAUUGGUAGUUUGCUUCAGUGGAUUGAAAGGACUAAGAUACCAUGGCUUCCAUCUCUGUUUGUUUGGCGUAUUUACUGGCCAUGGCUGCAGUAUUUGAUGCUGUGACGUCAUUGGACUGCGGUGGUGGGGAGUUCGAAUGUGACGGCGAGUGUGCCCCUGGUCAGUGGCAGUGUGACGGACAGGUCGACUGCCUGGAUGAAACGGAUGAAGUUGGAUGUGGGGCCAUUGCGUGCACCUCCCGACAGUUCCAGUGCGGGGACGGACAGUGCAUCAGCACGGUUUACACGUGCGACGGUAACCCCAACUGCGAAGAUGGAACGGACGAACAACAUUGCACGGUGCGUGAUUGUUUCGAUUCGGAAAUCACCUGCGACAACGGGCGUCGUUGCGUGGACAAGGCCAGGAAGUGCGACAUCUACCAGGACUGUCUAGACGGGACUGAUGAGAAUGAUUGUGAGUCCAGCCAAUGUCCAGAUGGAGAGUUCAGCUGUAACGACAUCUACUGCAUCAGCAAAAGCUCCGUCUGCGACGGCUAUCCUCACUGUCCUGAUAACAGCGACGAAACCAACUGCAAGUCUUGCCAGCCUGGUGCGAAGCAGUGUCCGAAUGGUCAGUGUGUCCCCGGCUUCCAAGAUUAUAAAACUGAAAUUUCUGUCACAGACUACAGCACUCACACAAACAUGACAAACAAAUCGCAUUGGAUGCGAUGGAUGUUUGUGCUGACAGUAUUUCUGCUACGAGUGUCCGAAAGCCGUGUGUGUAGAGAGGGGGCGGAGUUCGAGUGUGACGAUCAGUGUGUCCCCAACCACUGGCGCUGCGACUUCGACAAGGACUGUGUGGAUGGCAGUGACGAGAUCAACUGUGGUGACAUAACGUGCCCACCGGAUUACCUGUACUGUGCGUCACAUACCGCAUGUAUCCCUGCUGACUGGUGGUGCGACGGAGAAAGGGACUGCAAAGACGGCGGCGAUGAGCACAACUGUGAUAACGUCACCUGUCCACCAUCGACGACGUCAUGCGCGUCUGGCACCAAGAAAUGCGUCCUGCAACGUUCACUCUGUGACGGUCAGAAGGACUGCACAGACGGAAGUGAUGAGGAGGAAUGCGGAAAGACCUGCGCGCCAGAUCAUGUCAUGUGCCGGAACGACGCCAACCUCUGCAUCAAGGCCAUCUGGCUGUGUGAUGGGGAACAUGACUGCCCGAACGGAACUGAUGAGGUCAAUUGUCGCCCAACCUGUGCGUCUGACGAGCUGCAGUGUGCGGAUGACAAGUGUAUUAAGAAGGCGUGGCGGUGUGACGGGGACGCGGACUGUAGUGAUGGGUCUGAUGAAGCCUUGUGUGCACCCGUGAACUGCGCCAUUUCCGAAUUCAAGUGUUUUGAUAACACCUGCAUCCCGAAGACGUGGACGUGUGACGGCGAGGCUGACUGUGAGGACGACAGUGACGAGAUGAGGUGUCCGGUCAAGUCUAAUGAUACUGUUGUGCCACAAGUUAAAAGCGACACAACAUUUGACCCGAGUAGAUCGACUGCUGAUGCAUCAACUUUGAACUCAACAUUAACGUCAGGAACAUCAACAUCACCAACAUCAACACCAAUACAACAUUCAACUAUAACACCAUCUACCUCCUCAUCGGCUGGUCUCCAGGGGGCGUGUCUCCCCGGGAAGUUCAGGUGUGGGGGCGGCAAGUGUAUCCCUAUCAGGUGGAGGUGUGACAACCAACAAGACUGCCUCGACAACAGUGACGAGCUGGACUGUGGUGACACAACAUGUGGGUCAAGGUAUGUCCAGUGUGGGUCAGGACAAUGUAUCCCCAGUCCGUGGAUGUGUGAUGGCCAGGUGGACUGUGAUGACGGUGCAGACGAGGUUGGGUGCCCUGCUCCAAACACGACAUCGUCGACAGAAGGAACUCAAAGGUCUAUCACGUCAACAAGGGCAGCAUCAACUACAAAAGCACCAGUCACAUCCACGCCUCCAUCGACGUCAACAGCAACUGUUUUCACUACACCAACUACGACAACUUCUACUACAGCUUCUACGUUGCCGACUGUCAAAACACCAGCAGUUACUGCCACACGUUCGGACAACGAUCCCCUUCUGUUGGUGUUCGUACACCAGGACUUGCGUGUGUUUGACCUAACUUCCGAUGACGUCACUGUGUUUCCGCUUGCUGCUAAAGGUUUUGAUCCAAUUCCCACUGGGCUCACGGUUGACGUGAGACAGAGGACGCUGUACUGGCCCGACGUCAAGUACAACACCAUCAACUCUGCAACUUUAACCAGAAACAAGACUCUAACAGACAUCAAGCAGCUGUAUAAUAUUGGGAUACAGAGAGCCGUCGGCAUAGCACUUGACUGGGUUCAUCACAACCUCUACUGGUCAGAUAUGUCAGCCGGCACUGUCACAGUUGCCUCCCUUGACACAGGGGUCACAACUACGUUGCUGGAUGAUGAUCUGGUCGACGUUCAGGGUCUUGACGUAGAUCCCUUGAAUAGGUGGUUGUUCUGGGGCUGCGCGGGACAUCGUCCUAGGAUUGAGAUGAGCGGCACCGACGGCAGCAACAGAAGAGUCCUCCUCGAUAAAGGACUCGAGUACCCCAAAGACGUGACCAUAGAUUUCAAAACCAAUCAGCUGUACUGGGCGGACAGCGGUAACAACAAGAUCGGCGUGUGCGACAUCGUCAAAGGCGGAUGUCGGGUACUGUGGACGGCCCGGACAGGUCUGAUGUACUAUGGGAUCGAUAUUUACAAGAAACGUCUUUACUGGAGCGAGACGGCGUACGGACAGAUUCAAAGAAUCAACAGGGAGCAGGGCAAGUUCGUCCGUCGUGUUCAGAAAAACCUGAUACAACCAAAGGGCCUGGUUGUGAUGUAUAGUCAGCGUCAACCUUACGCCCCAAACAGGUGUGGUUCGGAUAAUGGCGGAUGUCAGAUUUGUUUACCUUCACCGAAGGGAGAGAACUCCACUUCUCAGUAUAUUUGCGCAUGCCCGGAUAACUUGUUCCUGCAAUCAGACAAGAAAACCUGUUCAAACAGAGACCCGUCCAAGCCUUCGCGAUGUUCUGAGGGGUACGUGAUGAAAGGCAACAGGUGCGUGGAUGAAGACGAGUGUGCGGUGUCGCCGGAGACGUGUUCACAAAAGUGUGUCAACACGGUCGGCGGCUUCAGAUGCGCGUGCUAUGAUGGCUACACACUUGUCAAUGGCACAAAAUGUAAAGAAGAAGGUGAAAAUGAAGUAUUUAUGGUACUGCUGGAUUCCCCGAACUUUAAACGAAUAAACCUGACAACGUUUGAUUAUGUUGUCAUGACGAAGCCUAAAUGCUUCGAGAUCGGAAGACCAAUAUCUCUUGAUUUUGACGUCAGGAAUCACAGCGUCUUUUGGUCGGAUGUACACACUAAAAGCAUCAGUAUGGCCCGUAUUGACAAAUCCAAUCUGGAUAGCAAAGAAGUCCUCGUGACGAACGUGUCGGUAGCGGCCGGUGUAGCCUACGACUGGGUUCAUCAGGCCCUCUAUUGGACUCAGGAAAAGGCGGGCGAGGAGGCAAUCAGAGUUGUGUCCCUUAGGUCAAAGUUGAUGGCGACUCUCGUUUCCAGAAAUCUCGGCAAACCUCGGGCGAUAGCUGUUGAUCCUGCAAGAGGGUGGAUGUACUGGACGAACUGGGGUCAGCCGGCGAGUAUAGAGAAGUGCGGUAUGGACGGGACAAGGAGACACGCCAUCAUCACUGACGAUAUUAGAUAUCCUAAUGGCAUGACUAUUGAUUACAUCGAUAAGCGCCUGUACUGGGUCGAUUCCCACUUCAACAGUGUCACGAGUUCUGACCUAGACGGAAAUGACGUCAGAGUCGUCAUUGACAAGAGCAGAUUCUUCCGGGAACAUAUGUUUGCUGUUACUGUUUUUCAGAACCGAUGUGGUCUGGAUAAUCGAGGUUGCCAAAUUUGUUUGCCACAUCCACAAAAAGAUGGAAGCAGCAAGGAGUACACCUGCGCAUGCGCAGAUGGAAUGACACUGAAGGCUGAUGGGAAGACCUGUGUCAAGAAAGGUCAAAGGUCAGCCACCUGUUCGUCAGGUUUCCGCUCUGUGAACGGCAAGUGUGUCGAUGACGACGAAUGUGAAACGGCUCCAUGCUCUCACAACUGUACCAACACACCCGGGAGUUAUAAAUGUACCUGUCCUGAUGGGUACGCCCUCAUCAACGAGAUAAGCUGCAUGGCACGUGGCCCGACCACGCCGUCGCCAUGUUUUGAGGGGUACGUGUUGAAGGGCAACAGGUGCGUGGAUGAAGACGAGUGUGCGGUGUCGCCGGAGUCGUGUUCACAAAAGUGUGUCAACACGGUCGGCGGCUUCAGAUGCGCGUGUUUUGAUGGCUACACACUUGUCAAUGGCAGAAGAUGUAAGGUAGAAGAUGAAAAUGAAGUGUUGUUUUUUGUACUUCUGGAUUCCCUGAGCAUUAAACGAAUAAACCUGACAACGUUUGAUUAUGUGGUCAUGACGAAGCCAAUAAGCUUCCGGAUCGGAAGACCAGUAUCUCUUGAUUUUGACGUCAGGAAACACAGAGUCUUUUGGACGGAUGUACCAAAAGAAACCAUCAGUAUGGCCCGUAUUGACAAAUACAAUCUGGACUGCCCAGAAGUCCUGGUGUCGAAUGUGACCUCAGUGGCCGGUGUGGCCUACGACUGGGUUCACCAGGCCCUCUAUUGGACUCAGGCAAAUGCAGAGGACGAGAAGGCAAUAAAAGUUAUGUCCCUUAGGACAAAGCUGGUGGCGACUCUCUUUUCCACUAAUCUCGGAUAUCCUCGUGCGAUAGCUGUUGAUCCUGCAAGAGGGUGGAUGUACUGGACGAACUGGGGUCGGCCGGCGAGUAUAGAGAAGUGCGGUAUGGACGGCACGAGGAGGCACGCCAUCAUCACUGACAAGAUUCACUGGCCCAACGGCAUAACUAUUGAUUACAUAGAUAAGCGCCUGUACUGGAUCGAUGCCUACCUGGACAGUGUCACGACCUCUGACCUAGACGGAAAUGACGUCAGAGUCCUCAUUGACAAGAGAAGAUUCGUCAAGGAACAUAUGUUUGCUAUUACAGUAUUCGAGGACUACCUGUACUGGACGGACUGGCUCACCAAAACAGUGAGGCAGAUGGACAAGCGGACUGGGAAUAUGACCUUCCACCAUGUAGGUGGGGUCCACCCCAUGGACAUCAAGGUCUUCCACAAGUCCAGGCAGAUAACAGAGAGGAACCGAUGUGGUCUGGAUAAUCGAGGUUGCCAAAUUUGUUUACCACAUCCACAAAAAGAAGGAAGCACCAAAGAGUACACAUGCGCAUGCGCAGAUGGAAUGACACUGAAGGCUGAUGGGAAGACCUGUGUCAAGAAAGGUCAAAGGUCAGCCACGUGUUCGUCAGGUUUCCGCUCUGUGAAAGGCAAGUGUGUCGAUGACGACGAGUGUGAAACGGGUCCAUGCUCUCACAACUGUACCAACACACCCGGGAGUUAUAAAUGUACCUGUCCUGAUGGGUACGCCCUCAUCAACGACACAAGCUGCAUGACACGUGAGCCUGUGGCCGCUAUUCUCCUCGUGGUUGACAGGAAGAAUCUGAAGAAAGUCAACCUCGUGAACGGCAAAGUGACGUCCAUUCCUCUCGCAGAUGAGAGGUCCCAGUCCAGGCCGACCGCUAUCGACUACAGCUUCAAAAACCACACCAUCUACUGGACAGAUUACCGAGAGACUGGAAUAUACAGGGCAGAGCUGGAAGGGGACACCCUGAAGAACAAAAGGAAACUAUUCUGGAAGGGUAUCCGUGACCCCCAGGGCAUAGCGUUAGACUGGGUGCACAACAAUUUGUACUGGUCAGACCUCAGCGCGCACUCCCUUCACGUUGCGUCCCUGGACACUAUGGUCCAGAAAACUCUUGUUGACACUGACCUUGAAUACAUCCGGGGACUUGCUGUUGAUCCACGACAUGGUUGGCUGUACUGGGCUGCUUGGGGUCAGCGUCCUCAGAUAGCCCGUUGCGGAAUGGACGGGAGCAGUAGGGAGGUUCUCAUACACCGAGGUCUGGACACGCCCAAUGAUGUAUCUAUAGAUUAUGUAAGUGACCGCUUGUACUGGGUGGAUGGCUGGGCGACGAAGUUGGUCAGCUGCGACCUGAACGGCAAGGACUGCACCGUCUUGUGGAAGUCGAAGGACAGGCUCAUGAUAUUUUCACUGGACGCAAUUGGGAAUUCAAUCUACUGGACCGAGUGGGGAGAGCCUAAAAUCCAGGAUUUUGAUCUGGUGUGGAUGGAACGGGGACCUGGUGUGAGUGAUGGGACCCAACCCUCGGGGGUGGCCAUCGUCCACCCUGACAGACAGCCGUACGCAAGGUAUCGAUGCACUGACGCCUUCAGCAACGGCUGUCAAUUUUGCCUCCCAACACCACCCGGAAGCAAACAAAACUUCCGAUGCGCAUGCCCAGACGGUCUCUAUCUGCAAUCUGACGGGAAGUCCUGUGGCGCUACAGAUCCAUCCUGGCCCAAGUGUCUCCAAGGUUACCGCCUCGUCAACGGCACAUGCCAUGACGUCAACGAGUGCGAGGAGCAGCCGCACGUGUGUGAUCAUCUAUGUACCAAUACCAACGGAAGUUACCAGUGCGCAUGUCGUGUCGGCUUCGAUCUGGAAAAUGGAACAUGUGUGCUGAGCAAAGAUGCAUUUCUUAUACUGAUUGAUCACGUGGACUUCCGGCGAUUCAACCUUACAACGUACAGCUCAACAUUAAUGAGAGGGGCCGACCGUUUCGUCGCUCAUAGACCAAUCGCCUUGGACUUUGACGUGGACAAUGCCGUCAUGUACUGGUCAGAUGUGGCCAGACAGAUUAUUAGCACGGCAACAGUGGAUGGACUUAAGUUGACACACACCCGUGUUGUCGUGGAUGAAGACGCCUCCACCGUCUACGGACUGGCCUACGACUGGGUUCACAAGAACCUGUACUGGGUGGAUGCCUUGCCUGAUAGCGAGGCUAUCCGGGUCAGGUCAUUUCGCCGGAUGACCACUAAAACCAUUGUGGACAGGGAGCUUGGGAAACCUAGAGCUAUCACAGUGUAUCCCAGCAGGGGCUGGGUGUUCUGGACCAACUGGGCGGUGUCGGCUACCAUAGAACGGUGCGGUAUGGAUGGCACGAACAGGAAAGUCCUCAUCAACGAUGCUAUUAAAUGGCCUAACGGAAUAACCCUUGAUUACGACACGGAACGGUUGUACUGGACGGACGCCGGCCUUGAGAUGUUGUCCAGCAGCGACAUCGACGGUAGCAACCGGCGCAUCCUCCUACACAACAUCGGCGUUCCCAGGGAACACCUGUUUUCGGUCUCGCUAUACGGGGACUGGGUGUACUGGACGGACUGGAUCAACCGUGCACUGAAGAGGGCGAAUAAACACACUGGACAGAAUAUCACGUCAUACCGCGUAAACACCUCACCAAUGGACGUGAAAGUAUUCCACACCUCGCGCCAGAAACCGGAUAUCGAUAUCUGCGGAAACAACAAUGGCGGAUGUUCCCAUUUGUGUCUCCCUACUCCUGUUAUGACGUCAGAACCACGUGGUUUCCGUUGUGAAUGCCCGGAUGAUAUGUUGUUGAAAAGAGACGACAUAUCAUGUGUCCGAAUAAAUUCUUAACGAGAUUUUUCAACGGACGUUUUACAAAAGCAAAAACACCGUCAUCACUGUUGUCACCUUGGAUGAGGCUAUGCUACAACGAUGCUUGAAGUGGACAUAAAACAUUUCGUUCAAUGUUGACACCU